GGAAACAGAACACAGAGGAGCAGUGAGGCCGGGCUCUGGGGACACCCCUCCUGGAGGGGUCACCAGGGGCCAGCUCACAGGCUCGUGGAGGGCAGCCGAUGGCCAGCCACCGCCCUGGCAGAACCCACAGAAGUUCAGCUGGCCAGUCAGGGAGCCUGGCAUGCCUACACGGGUGAGACAGCAGGGCCCGGGGCUGCCAGCCUCCCUCGCCGCGGACUCCUCAUGCAGCGCACGUGUACUGCUCACCACCAUCUCGGCCUGCUUCGAGGAAGGGGUACGGAGAGGGGGCUUCCACUGCUUCUGCCCAGGGCAACCCAGACACCCCCAGCUGCUGGGGUCCAACAGCUGUUGUGAGGAUGCUGGGGGUACAUCAGUGGCCUCACCUUGGCCCCAGAUGGGCCGCACCCUAGCAAGGCUGGACCAGAGCCACAGGCCCCUCAGCCUGAGCAGACCCCAUCAACAGCUGAGUCAGAGCCAGUCCUUUUCCCAACGCUGCAAACACAAGCCCUGCCCUCACUGCCUCCGCCUGCCAGAACCCUUCCAGGCCAAGCGGUCAAAGCACAGAGCUUCAAAGGAACUGAACAACUCCACCAUCUGGCAGUCCCUACACAGGGCCCAGGACGAGCUGGGCCUGCAGACGGCCCUCACUGACGUGCCUGCCUGGCCCAAACGUGGGUCCUGCACAAUCAGCAGCUUCCUGCCUGGGCUAAGAGCGCCAUGCCGGGAAGGGAGGUCUGUGAUGGGAGCGUGGAGCAUGCCAUCUCUGCCGUCUGCCAAGCCCCUGGCGUCAUCCCCAAGGCAACACGACUUGAAACACCACAGAGCAAUCUGAAUCAACAAGUGGAGGUGGGGCCUAGGGAGCUCUAUGCAAACCAACUCGGAGUCAGUGCCAUGCAUCUCACAAACGUGGCCAGAGGCUCUCCAGAAAGGGCUGCUCACAGCAACCAACCACCUCGGCUCCCCCUGCCCACAAGGUCAAAGGAGAAGAAAGCAUUCGGCCGCAGCUCCUAGCCGUCCUUAAAGGGCCACAGGCAAUGGACAGGCCCAGAGGGACCCUCAUCAUGCAGGCCUCCUCCUCCUGCCUGGGGCCCGGGCGUCCCGCAGGGCUCCAGACAUGGGGGCUGGCCAGGAGCAAGGGAAGAGAAGGCGGGGACUAGAUCUCGGCAGUGCCCUAAAGCCUCGCUCACUGCCCUGGAGUGAGGUACCCACUGUGACUUGUGUCCUGGAGGCCACUGCCACUCAAAUCUCGAGCCUCCUGGAGGCAGCCAGCAAGCCGGCAGCCUUCCCGCCUCCCCACGCCCGGCCCAGCGCCCCCACAACACAGUCUGCGCAGAGAAGCAAAGUGCAGAGCAAGGGGUCGCUUGCCUUUGUUGCCAUAGGUCCUGGCGCAGUGGAACGCUGCUCCCCCAUUCGGGAUGGGCUCCUGGUGCCUGGAGACCUGGGGAAGGGGAACACCGUGGUGGGUUUUAACAUGGACCUUUAAGUAGGAGGCAGAGGAGAAACCUAAACAAGAUAAAAGGAGAUGAGAUCCCGCGGCCAGCACACAGAUACCUCUCUGCUUCCCCCACGCCUCUCCUCCGGCGGCGGUGGCUAGCCUUCCUAGAAGGGGCCCCUCCUUGGCUCAGAAACGCUGCAACCACAGGAGCCACCUGGCUCAGGAGGGAGGGUGGCACUCUCCUCGAGUCGGCUUCUUGGCAGAGCCCUCUCUGCAAGGCUGUGGUGGAGGGCUGCCUGGAAGGAGGGCCACAUGCCUCUAGGCUUGCUUGGUGCCUCAGUAACAAGCAGUUUGAGAGGACGUCCCACAGCCCCAGACCAGCUGCAGGGUCCACGGCUAGAAAUGCAUUCAUGAAAAGAUAUGGGGCUCCAGGGCAGCCAGCAGAAUGCCUGCUUAACACUUGCGAAGAUAAACUUCCUGCACAAGAUACCGGAGGGAGGCAAGAUGAAAUCCCAAAGAAAUGCCUCCAGGAGGGGAAUCCCCUUCUUGUAUGUGGUAGGACAAGCUCUGUUUUGCUAACUUUCUCACCUUCAGAAUAACUGGAUUUAAUAACUGUUUAGAUUCUUUGAAGGAUAAUAAAAAACAGGAAGUUACGUUAAAGGGGUGCAGUCCUUUCUUAUUCAUGGUGAUCUUUUUGGUUUGGUUUUGGAGGAUCCAUCAGGUUCACUUAUUAAGGAAGAAAUAAACAGGGAUAAUCCUUGUCUUUAUUUGGGGGAGGGGCAGUCCUGCCCUCAGGGAGCUGCUCCAUCCCAGCCCAGAUGCUCCAGCCAGUUUGAGCCUCAAGACACCCCACGCUGGGAAGAACAGACUGUGGGCCAACUUCCGCUGCAGCCACAGUCCGAGGAUGUGCAACCAGGUGGGCUGGUCAACGGAUUUCCACUUGGUCUCGCAAGAAGGAACUGUGCCAUCAAAUCUCCCCAGUCAAGGAUCCGAAAGUGCCGCUGGCAGGAACCACAGCUUCUUGGCAGAAGGCCCUCCGGGGGGCCAGUGCCCUGACAGUGUCCCUUUAGUCCACUCCAGAUCCUCAGGUAUUUUUAUUCCCUGGUUAAACUGCAGUCACAGAGUAGCUGUAGGAUUCACUACUAACUGGGGAGACGGGACAGUGCUGUGUCCCGUCUGCACAAGACUUGUUUUAAAAAAGUCUUGAAUUGGCCCAGCCUUUCCAACACUGCCAGGACUACAACAAAGGUCACCUUCAUCAUGCAACAAAGGUGUGCCAGGCCUAGUGCACCGCAUGCACUGUUCUGUGCCUUGCGGCCAAUGUACAGCCACUAAAUGGCAACACCUGGACUCCAACCCUAGGACCAUGUGCCACUAUUCGGUCCUUCACCACCAGGCAGACUCUCUAAUGUCCCUGCAUCUUGGCCUUGGCCCUAGGAACAUUCCCUUGGACUCUUCACAAUAGGUUCUGUAUCACCAUUUACACUCCUGUAUUUCUCUGCCAUGUUGGUGGAUUAGAAUGGAAGCUGCUGAUAGGCAGGGGCUGACCUGCAGUAAUCUUAUUUAACAGACAUUCCCCUGAUGGUAGUAGCAUUCGGUGGUUCUGGAGGGAAAUGGGGACUGGGUGGAUUUUCCUUCCUUUCCUGACAAAGACCCUCCUGGACCAGAUGCUGGUCCUGCCCCACGUGGUGGAGCUCGCCAUCUGUGCUGUGACCGACUGGUAUGCCUGGGGCCAAGCACAGGGACAGGCUGGCUCACAAGGGACCCACAUAAACUCUCCUACGAGGGAGGCUAUAGUCAGAAAGGAGCAGAUAAGCCCUGCCCUGCGGAUGGUGCUGUGACCCCAGCAACUAGCAUAAUGUAUCAGGACUUUCUGACUGAUGGAUACUACUUUGGAAAGUAAUUUUUUUUUUCUGUUUUUUCAAUCCUUUGUGGGGUUCUUGAAUGGUUUGAAGCCCUCUCCAUGGAGCACCAGGACAGGGCUGCUGCAAUCAAAAGAGAGGAAAGGAGGGAAGGAGCUCCAGGAA